UUCAUUUAGAUUGAGAAAGUGAAUAAGUAACUAAAGAGGAGAAAAUUGAUGGAGAAUUCCUUUUGUUCAGAAUAUUGGCCUGAAACUGCUGAUCUCAAUCAAGAUUCACUUUUUUUACUCCCACAGGUUCAAAAUUACCCUUGUUAUUUCCCUCAAUCCUUCCAAGAGAGAACAGAAAGUGCUUCUAGGAGCCACAGUGAAGCAGAAAAAAGGCGCAGAGAUAGAAUUAAUGCUCAGCUUUCUACUCUCAGAAAACUCAUUCCUACUUCUGAAAAGAUGGAUAAGGCAGCUCUUUUAGGAAGUGUAGUUGAUCAUGUUAAGGAUCUGAAAGGAAAAACAGCAGAAAUCAGCAAAGUGUUGAACACUCCAACUGACAUUGACGAAGUAACAAUUGAGCAUUUAAAUGAGGAAGAAGAAAACAAAGGGUGCACGAGCAAGAGGAAGGAUAGUGUGAUUCUUAAGGCUUCUUUUUGUUGCGAUGAUCGGCCUGAAUUAUUCUCAGAGCUACAGAGGGCGAUUAAGAAUCUAAAAUUAACAGUGAUGGAGGCUGAUAUAACUAGUUUGGGUGGGAGAAUUAAGGGUGUUUUUAUGCUUUGUCCAAAUGAGAAUUGUGCAAAUGAUGUAUGCAUGAAUUCUCUCAAACGCUCUCUCAGAGUUGUCCUCUGUAGAAUUGCUAUAUCCCCUUCUACAUCCAAUUUCAGAAUUAAAAGCAAGAGGCAGAGGUUCUUCUUGCCUGCUCAGUUUUCUUAAUUUCCUCUUCUUGUAAAAUAAUCACCCCAAUUAUUCAUGGAAUUUCACGGAAGACAAUAUAAUUUAGGG